AUGUCUGACCACGCUUCCGAAACUUCCGAUGACUCAGCUUCUGGGAGCAAAGAUGACCACGGUCAUUUAACUAUCUCUGAUCCUAUAAAAUCCGCAAGCAAUUCCAUCGAAAUAACAGCAUAUUGCGAGGAAAACCCGAGCACCGCCGGGGCUCCAUCCAGCGUGAAAGAGAGUGACUUUCUAAAGACGGACAAGCAGAUUCAAGAUGAGGGAUUGUCGUUUUGGGCGAAUUAG